UAUGUGCCUUCUAUUUCCCUGCAUUCUCCAUAACCCAGGUACAACAUGUUGCAGGAGUCAGAGUGGCAGGUGGUUGUGGACACGCUCAGUUUGACGGACACAUCAGCGGGCCAACGCUACAGAGCACUGCAGAUCCUCUAUCACCCCAACUUCUCCAUAAACAACAACGACUAUGACCUUGGGCUACUGCGCACCGUGGCUGACAUAGACAUGGGUGGUGGGGUUCGACCAGUGUGUAUGCCCAGUCCUAGAGAGUCCUUCCUUCCUGGUGCCCCCUGUUGGGUCACUGGCUGGGGCUACACUAAAGAGGGGGAAUGA